GCUGAAUUUAACAUGACUAAACGACUCGUUUCAACUUCUGUGUUUGAAAAGACAGGUAGCAUUUUGCCUAGAGCUGUUUAUUUUAGCCCAAGAUCUGUCAACAUUAGGCUAACCAAACACUAGUUACAUAUUUGGCAGCUUUCAGAGCCCCCCCCCCCACCUUUUAAUUCCUAUUCAUCCGCUAUGGGUUAUUAGACCAACUAAAAGACAAAUCCCUAAGGUCUUAAUUUUGUUUUCGUAUUUCUUGCGCAGACGAUUGGAAGACAGAUAUUUUGAUAUGGAAAUCUAGUUUGCCUUUGAUGCACGAAGUACCUGCCACAUCAGCGGAUGAUUUUUGGCACAAUUGGGGGGGGGGGGAGAGGGGGGGUGGUGGGGCUCGUAUACUAAACUGCCAAAAUUUGGCACAAUUGGGGGGGGGGGAGAGGGGGUGUGGUGGGGCUCGUAUACUAAACUGCCAAAAAGUUGUGAUUGUGAUGUGGGGGGGAGGGAGAUAUAUCUUGAAGUUUAAAUACAAGGGAAAAAAAAGGAAAAGUUGCAAGGGUCCUCCAAAAGGAACACGACGGCUCUAUAUGCAAGGUAAUACACAACUCUACAUCUUUAUAGGAUACAUCAGAGCCCUAAGAAGCUAAUAGUUGCUUGUAGAUUUUAAACUGUUUCAGUUGUUCUCAACCGCAUUUCCUAAAUUUGACUAAAACACCAACAAAAACUUUGUGGUUUAAUACAUUCUUUUGUAUUUUAUUAUGAUGGGGUGUGUGUUUUGGGGGGGGGGGGUGUUAAUUUAGUUUUUUGUGUUUUUUUCCUCCUCUUCUGUUUUUUGCUUUGGGUUUUUAAAAAAAAAAAAUUUAUUAAACAGCUUUUUAGCUUUGAGGUUUUAAAAAAAAAAAAAUCUAUUGAACAGCUUUUUAAAUGGGUCAUACUAUCCGUUAUUAUUACAGAGUAUGAACAAGAGCCCUAGGACAUUGAGAACUUUUUUAUUUUGCUCGACUUGGACUCUACUGAUACACCGUAAGUACAACCCAUAUGGGUACGCUCUACUUUUCCUUACUAAGUUUAAAUAAAGUUAAAAUUAACGCAUUAUCUUUGUGUGUUACAUGUUGGUAUAGAUCCCGGAGUGUAUUUAUGCCAGUUUUCAAAGCUCAUUUAUUAACCGAAAUAACAGCCAUCUUGUCAUGUGACACUGGGUGGUUUGGAUCGAAAUGUCAGUUCAAAUGCCACUGUGAGAGCGCGUGCAAAGCCACCGGAGAGUGCACCGGAGGCGCCACAUGUGCCAGGGGUUGGUUCGGACUUCACUGUCAGAAACGUAAGUACGGUCAUUGUUGUUGUUUUUUUUUUUUUUUACAAUUUCGAUUUUUAAAUAAAACAAAGGGGUAAAACCAUUGCUUAUAAAUUUUUGUAGGGGGCAAAUACGUUAAUGUUGGGAGUAAGUAAAGGUAUGUUAACAUAGUCGAAACCUCGCCUAAGCAAAUACUAUAAUUCCCCCAACUUAGGAGGGAAAAUGGUGUUUUUUUUGGGUUUUUUUUUUUUUGCGUGUGAGAAUCAGGGAUUUAAAGAAUAAAACUAAAUUUUGGACUAUCAAUAUUUUAUAUUUCACUUUAAAAAUCAUCAGCAUUCUAUGUAAACCUUGACAUGUUAAUUGUAUCAUUUUCUUCUUAGGGUAUUAGGUAAAUAUGUAAAAGAAUUCCAAUUUGUUUCCGGUUUUUUAAAAAAAAGCAUUGCAAUGUACUAGGAGAAUUUCAAGACCAAGGAAAAGACUUCGUUAAAGGGCUGAAUUUAAAAAAAAAAAUGAGUUAUUAUUUUAUAUUCUUUCCAUCAGGAGGAUUUGUUAUUAUUUAAAUGUACUGGGAUUUAUGUUUUAAGAGGCAUCUAUUUUUAAUGAACACAUUUUUGUGUGUAUCCUUUCUAUCUGGGGGAUUGGUUGUUAUUUAAAUGUACCUUGAUUUGUGCUUCAAGAGGCAUUUUUUUGUUUAGUGAAUCGAUUAUUGUGUUGCCUUCUCUCUAUCUAGAGGAUUUGUUAACCAUAGCUAAUACCACCAUCACACUGGAGCCCGAACAAACGUCUUCUUCAUGGCUGACUGACAGUGACGAUGCGACGUGCAACGAUGAUCACCUCCUCGAG